AUGGCGGAGAAGAAAAACGCCGACGACGGCGACAUUCACGGUUUGUCCAUCGUGGACGAUACAAUGAACGACGCCUUUCAUGGGGAGGAUAUACUCAAAUCUGAAGAUGACGCUUUGGUUGUCAAAAUCGAGGACGAGGCAGACGGCGCUACUGGCCAUGAUGCUCGUGAAGAAGCAGAGGACUCCUUCCUGGAAGAAGCGGAAGAGAAGUUUAAUCUAUUCGAUGUAUUGAACGAAAAGGAACCUGAGAAGGAAAGUAAUAACACGUUCCAUAAUUCCACCCUUAUAAUCACCACCGAGGAACAUUUGGAUCAGACAAUUUGUGACGAUAACACAUUGACAAAUGUAAACACGUCUAUAUGUACUGACCUUACCUUAGAAGAUUCGAAGACUUUAAUGAAGUCAAAAUCGAAGAAGGACGAUCAUUGCUACUUCUGGGUGUCGAAUAUCGAUCGCCACGUUAAAGCUACCGACAUAAAAAAGUUGUUUACUGGACUGGGUAAAGUGGUAACCGCAAAGAUACUGACCAACGGUAAAAAUUACUUUGGCUAUGUGUCCGUGGAUUCUGCAGAAACCGCCGGGAAAUGCAUCAAACAAUUAAACAACACUUUGUUCGACGGAAAGAGAAUAGUUGUCAGCAAAGACCGUCCAGACCUGAGAGAAAGCAAACAGUUAGUGAAACUGGAUUCGCGUAAGAAGAGAAGCGAUAAAUUGGAAUGCAUAAAGGAAAGUAAAGCCGAAGAGAACCACGAGCAUGAGAAGAAAAUUAAGAUAUCCGGGGAAGAAGAGGAAGAGGAAAAGGAUAACGUCAUAGCUGAACUAAAGAAAAAGUUGGAUAAAUUGAAAGCAGAAAUAAGCAGGUACAAGUGGAAGAUAGUAGAGUACCAGCGCAGACACGAAGGUAUGAGAAAGAAGUGCAGCAGCUUGGAGAAAGACCUGAAAGAGGCCCAGUACAAGACGCGCGCCGAUCGUAGAAGACUGAAUCAAGACAGAGAAGCGUUCGAGAAGAACAAAAAAGCGGAUUUGAACCGCCUAGAAGCCGACAAGGUUGCUGUAAAUAAAGAAUUAGCCGAGGUUAGGAAAUUAAGAGAACAUCUGAAGACCAAAAUCGACGAAGUCAAGGUCCAGCCUAAGAAGAACCCGAAGAGACGCGGCACCAGGUCACCCGUGCCGGUAGAACGGUCCCGAAGCCCUCGAGGAAGAUCUCCAGUACUGCGCGGUGGCAACAGGAUCGGAUACAGAUCCGAAGAUAGGAUGGAAAAAAAGCGUAAACGCGAAGAUCCCCUACGCGGCAGAACCCCACCUCCGCCACCGAAGCUCGGCAACGUUAUGGGGAAGAAGCGGAAUGAGAAUUUGUCGCACCGGCAGUACUUCGCAAAUGUCGAGAAGAGACCAUCGCCCUUGGACCAUGGUCACGGGUUCGAGUACCGGCACAAGCCUUCCUUUGCACCGCCUCAAGAAAUAUCCAGGACGCCUUGGCAGACGCCCUACUCUAAGGAUCCGCGUCGUAUGAACGCGACGCUUGCUGGAGGUCAGAGCUUUUCUGGGGUACCCAGGUAUGGGGGAGGGUACCAGUUCCCGCCUUCCAGCAUCGCGGUGCCUCCAAGGAGUUACUAUCCAGAGUUCGGCAAACCCUACGACCAUUAUUAA